AUGUCCAGGAUAAGGGGAAUAGAGGCUGGGAAAGUGCAUAAAGUACAAAAGGCUUCUUUACAGAAUUUGGAAACACGUAAGAACAAGUGCAAUGAAACCAACAAAAAGAAAAACGACAACUCAAUAUGUUACAAAGGCGACGUGGAAAAACAACAAAUUAAUGAAUUAUUACAUAAAUUACCAAAAUUGGACAAAAUAUUUGAUGUACACCGAAAGAUAGGUGAAGGCACAUUUAGCUCAGUGUAUUUGGGCUCAUUAAAACAACACGCGGGACUUACAGAAGCUGAAAAACCAUGGUUCGCUAUAAAACACUUGGUGCCCACGGCGCAUCCUGCCAGGAUAGAACAUGAAUUGCGUUGUCUUCAAGAAAUGGGUGGGAAGCACAAUGUGAUUGGUGUGGAGCUGUGUCUACGGCAUCUUGAUACUAUUGUGUUUGUGAUGCCUUAUAUACCCCAUAGAAAAUUUUCUGAAUAUGUAGGAGAUAUGGAUGCUGAGGAGGUGCGGCAGUACAUGCGGGCUCUCAUGGUAGCUCUGAAGCAUGUACAUUCCUUUGGCGUCAUACACAGAGAUGUAAAGCCCAGCAACUUCCUUUAUGAUAGAGAUAAUAAAAGGUACCUAUUGGUGGACUUCGGGCUCGCGCAGCGUGUGUGCGAGGAGCCGGCGCCGCCGCCCGCACACCUGCCCGCGCUCUGCCCGCUGCCCGCGCCCGCCGCGCUCUCCGCGCCGCCCGCCGGCAAGCGGCCCCGGGACGAGGAGGAGCUGUCCCCCAGCGCCAAGCGCAUGGCGCUAGACCUGUCGCUGGGCGCCGCGCGCGCCGCCCCCGCGCCGCCCGCGCCCGCCGCGCUGCGCCGCCUCGCAUUGCCCAAGGUGCAGAUACCCCGCCAGAACAUGACCAAGACGCCGCCGCCUCCGCCGGCGCACUGGCGCGGGGGUGGGGGCUGCGCGUGCGCGGGCGCGGGCGGCGUGUGCGGCGCGUGCCUGGCGCGCGGCGGGGCGCGGGCGCCGCGCGCCGGCACGCAGGGCUUCCGGCCGCCCGAGGUGCUGCUGAAGAGCCCGCGGCAGGGCGCGGCGGUGGACGCGUGGGCGGCGGGCGUGGUGCUGGCGAGUGCGCUGGCGGCGCGCUACCCGCUGCUGCGCGCGCCCGACGACGCCGCCGCGCUGGCCGAGCUGGCCGACCUGCUGGGCACGGCCGCGCUGCGCCGCGUGGCCGCCGCGCUCGGUCGCCGGCUGGUGACGUCAUCGCACCGCCGCGGCAUCUGCCUGCGCAAGCUAGUGGCGCGCCUGCGCGGCGCCGCCCCCGCGCCGCCUGCCCACGGCGCGCCGCCCGCCCACGCGCCGCCCUGCGCGCACUGCCGCCUGCCCCUGGACGGCUGUCUGUGCCUGGACGAGACUCUGCCCGCGGACAGGAUCACGCCGGGCGUGACUAUCGCGGGGUUCCCGGACUCGGCCUUCGCCCUCGCGGCGCGCCUGCUCGACCCCGACCCGCGCUCGCGCAUAUCCGCCGCUGAAGCCCUGGAGCACCCCUUCCUGGCGCACCCCGUCACCUCCGUCACCGCCCACACCACCGGCAGCAACCAUCUA